AUGGGGCCAGCUGAGCUUUCUCUGCAGCCCUGGGACCCUGUCUCUCCGCAUCUGGCCCAGGCUCACGGCAACGUGUUCACCACGUGGGUGGGCCCGACGCCCGUGGUGGUGCUGAGUGGCUUCUGGGUGGUGAAGGAAGCCCUGGUCUCCAACUCGGAGCAGUUCUCAGGCCGGCCCCUCACCCCGCUCUUCCGGGACGUGUUUGGAGAAAGAGGGGUCAUCUGCAGCAAUGGGCACACGUGGAGGCAGCAGAGACGCUUCUGCCUGGCAACGCUUCGGGAGCUAGGCCUAGGCAAGCUGGCACUGGAGCUGCAGUUGCAGGGAGAGGCGGCAGAGCUGGCAGAGGGCUUCCACCAGGAGCAGGGUAGACCCUUCGACCCUCGGGUACACAUUGUCACGUCCACGGCCAGAGUCAUUGGGACCCUCGUGUUUGGCUGCCGCUUCCUCUUGGAGGAUCCCUUCUUCCAGGAACUGAUUCAAGCCAUCGACUUUGGCCUGGCCUUUGUCAGCACCAUUUGGUGCAGGCUGUAUGAUCGGUUCCCCUGGGCCUUCCACCGCCUCCCAGGCCCCCACCAGGAGAUGUUUAGGUACCAGAAGGCUGUGCGAAGCUAUAUCUGCCGGGAGAUCAGCAGACACAAACUCAGGACACCUGAGGCCCCCAAGGAGUUCAUCAGCUGCUACCUGGCCCAGAUCACUAAGGCCACGGACGACCCUGUCUCUACAUUCAAUGAAGAAAACCUGAUCCAGGUAGUGGUCGACCUGUUUCUGGGAGGCACCGACACCACGGCCACUACCCUGUGCUGGGCACUCAUCUACGUGGUCCAGCAUGGAGCCAUCCGGGGUAAGGGGGCCAUGGACCGCGAGCUACUGCCCUACACCCGCACCGUCCGUGAGGUGCAGCGCCUCAGCCGCGUCGUGACCACAGAUGCCGUGCGCCAGUGCGUGACCUCCACCCAUGUGCACGGCCACCCCGUGCCCAAGGCUUGGCAACUCUCCUCUGCACACCGAGUGUUCUCUGAGCUCAUAUCAGCCCAGCAUCAGGGCUGGGUGCUGGGCCAGCUGAGCUCCCUGAGCCAUACCAGCUCCUCUCUGGAGGGCACCAUCAUCUUGUCCAACCUGGCCUCUGUGCUCUAUGACCCUGAGUGUUGGGAGACCCCCAACAAUUCAACCCUGGCCACUUCCUGGACAAGGAUGGAAACUUCCUGGGCAUCGGUGUGCCUAGGGGACCAGCUGGCUUGGAUGGAGCUCUUCCUGAUGUUUGCCACCCUCCUCAGGACCUUUUGGUUCCAACUGCCAGAGGGGAGCCCAGGGCUCAGGCGGGAGUACGUCUUUGGGGGCACUCGGCAGCCCCGGCCCCAGAAGAUCUGUGCCGUGCCCCAUCUGAACUGCCCCAACCCAGGUCCUGGAGAGGAGGGCGUGUAG